UUGUUUGAUUUUUACCGGAGGGUUCAGUUAAAAUAAAAAAAUAUGCACAAUGGGCGUAAUUUUGCAGUUAUUUUCCUGAAAUUUUCUAAAUUAUAAUCAAAAAUGUAUUUUUAUUAUUUAAACGUAUUUUAUGUAGGCCUACGUAUAUCCUAUAACUGUAGACUAUAGCAAAUAUCGAUGUGUAGGUUAUAUUGUCAAAUCCUUAAAAAUCCAAACAGACCAAACUUUUUCUCGCUAAUCACUGAUAUGGCACGGUUGGCCAUUAAACAUAUUUCGUCAAACCCCACUUUAUUUUUCAUUUAAAGUUUGAAUUUUACUCAGCUUUUUUUGUUAAAAUCUGUUAAAAAUAAAUCCUGUUUCGCGACUAGUGUCAGGAGGGGUCAUGUGUGUAUUUAAAUAAUGUUUAUGAUUGAGGAAGUAACUGGGCUUAUUUUAACUUGCACUGAGUUUGUGUAUAUCACAUAUAGACACUAUGGUGGUGGCAUCUGAUAUUCUGUAUCACCCAGUCAAGUUUCUGACAUUCCGUUGCUACCGUGUACGUGACAGGGCUGUAGGUGAGGGAUAUUCGGUCAGGGGCAAAACUUUCCCACUACAGGCUUCGUGUUCACAGCGGCAACAACCCGCCAGUGUCCUUGGUUAAAUAGUCAGUGUUACUUGUAGUUGUUUUAAUGUCAGAAUAGUAAAGUAUAAAUAUUCGGAUGAUGUGGCAUUGUAAAUAUAGGUCAUCGUGUGCUGUACAGUCAAAAAUAUGCAAGUGCAAAAUCAAAAUAGUUACUUCAGAUGAACAAUGCAAUGCAAAACUUACUUCAGUCUUCAGAUACACUGAUUGCAGUUCUUGGGUACUGCACUGAAUUAACUCAGAAUAUAGAGAACAUUUUGAUCAUUGUUGUCUUAAUGACACUACGGCUAAAUACAUCGUAUUUUGGAUGUGCAGAAGCCUGUUUCAAACAUUUACUAAGUUAAGUGGUGUUAACUGUCCUCAGUUAACUAAGUUAAGUGGUGUUAACCCUUGCUGUGGAAAAAGUCGCUGUCCUUGAGGCGACUGGCUGGCAUAUUCCGCGGACAGCAAAACAUUCGGUUUUCUCCGUUCGAUUCCGCUCCUUUCGCUAUUGGCCAGAGCUCAGCAUUCUGAUUGGCUGGGAUACUCUUCCAUCAGACCAUCAGAACAUUGAGCUCUGGUCAAUAAACCUACUCACUGCCCAUUACUGAAUUUAGUAUCUAGUGUUUUUAUUGUAUUUACCUGCCGCAAAAGUUGUACACUAUGUAUUGUUACUAUGUUGUAUAUUUGAUAUUUGUACAAUUACACGUGCACUACUCGUUGCUGUUGUUUUCAGACCUGCACACGUGUUUCACAAAAGAAAGCAAGAAAGACAAGGUGACCCGACAUAUGUGGAUGGUUUUGAUGCAAACGUAAGCUGUGCUGAUUGAGUGUGACGCUGAUAACGUGAGUGAGAGAUUUGCUGAGUAGAGCACAAGCCCUGUAUGAUCUGGAAAAGCCCCAACAAGCCAAACACAGAGAGGCCAGGUGCGACGUCACGUUAUUGAUUUGUGAUUCUUUCUGUAAGUAAUUUUUCUCAAGUUUUUAGGCUUGAUGUAUGUAGAAAGUAAAAGAACAGAGUGCAGAUGACACCGAAGCCUGCAGAGUGUAGCUUUCUGCCCAAAAAUAGUCGUAUUUAGGAGUAUAAAAAUGACGAAUUCUAUGGUCUAAUCUGGAAUGCAUUUCGAAAAUAUCUGCGGUUGUAUAUUUUUGAGCUGUUUUCAAAGAAUGCCGAUAUUUAGUUCUCCUAAGGGAACAGAGGUCCCAAGAUCACUAAGACAACCGUGUGCCUAGACCAUCAAGGGUCAGGAAGCUGGAAGUAGACGAAACGGUCCGGGACGCCAGGAAAUAGUCCGGUCCGCAAGUCGUCAGUCAUACAGGGGAAAAUAUGUCACGGGUUUGCCAAAAACAACCGGCAAAGACGUAGCAUCGACCGUGAUUCGUACGCUGCAAUGAGGACUGGAGGUUGUACCCACAAGAUUCAGAGUUCCCCUCAGCAGUAGCACGGACUCAGUGUCCACUCUGUCCGGGAUGAUGCCUCUGCCCUGCAUGUAAACAAACCGACAGCCAGCGUUAAUUACUGCGAAGUUGGCUGCGUAUUACAUGUUUUUGAGUUCCCGGUUGUCACUAGACUUGCUCCAGUAAUGUACUGUACUGCCAUUCGCAUUGUUGGCGAGGCACCACCGUGAAGAUCGAUAAGAGCGUAAUGCCAUUAAUAUCAGCUGGAACGGUUAUUUAUACGCACAGGAAUGUCUGCAUCGCCUCAAAGCAGCACACGUCGGCGGCCUUCUGGGUACACGUGCGCCUAGGGAGCAGUUUGGCUCCGAGAUGACAUCCAGCGUGACGCGCGGUAAACUGCGCUGCAUUGUUCUGCGGAAUAACGAUGGUGGAUCAGAUUCACAGCAUUUUUGAAUUAUAACUUGAAGAAAAAUGGACAUGGCUGCGCUUUGACCGUAACCGAUUUAGGUAACUUAUGUAUAGUAAUCAAAAGAAAAAGAUUUGUGAGCAUUAGGAAUUUAACUCUAAGCAGCACAUACAGUAUUUACCCUGUUGAAUCUGUUACAUCACAUUACUGUAAUCUGUAUGAACAUAGUUAUAAGAUCUUGCUGCAUAUGAAAUAGUAUUUGACUCUGAAGUGCUUCAGUCUAAUAGUAAAGAUAGUGGGCCUACUGUGUGUAUAUGUGCUUUUUAAUUAUAUUUUCGCAGGGAUAUCGGAAAUAAAGUGGUGUUAGAUGUUUAAGUAUGAAAACUAAGAGGAUAUUGGUGGGUGACAGGGAGAUGAGUGCUGGCAGUUACUGAGGAAGGGCAAUGCUGGCAAAGGGACAUGCUUUGUGUCCCAGUUUGCUGACAUGAUGCUGAUCAAUGUGAUUAUUGAUCUUACAUCUAGGGUGACACACUUUUGUGAGCCAGACGACCCAAUGCUGGAUGGUGUUGCUCUCACUGGACUAUAGGAAAUCGGACACCUGUAAGUGCAGCAGUGAACCGUCAGCUGGAACAAAAGCAUAACAUCAUCCCAGUAAUGACAGAAUAUUUAAGCUCCGCUCUUUAGUGCUUUUCUGUCACCUGGAAUGGUGGCAGCGGUGACCUAGGGCUGGAUUUCUCUGCAUCAGAUAGAAUAUUACACAAUUAUCAGUUCAAAACUAGCUAUGGGGACUCAGGUACCCUUAGUAUGAGUGAUGAAUCAAUAGCCAGGAGGUGGAUGAUACAGCUCCAGAGAGUAAAAGUCCAGACCAAGAUUUUGUUUCAACCAACCAAUUGAGUAUUAAGAGUCUCAGUCACAGAGGACUCAACUGGUUGGUUGAAACAAAACCUUGGCCUAGACUUCUACUCUCUGGACUUGAACUACCCACUUCUGUCAAUGGUUGCGGGCAAACCCUGGACAUAUGGAGGUUCUUUGAUGAUGCUGUUACUGGUGGCUCAACAUUUCAGGCUAUUGAGACAAGAAUCAGUUGGAUAUCCAGUUGUUCUACACUGUUCUUAAUAAUAGUGAUUUUUUUUUUCUCCGAGUAUCAUUGAGCAGGUAUAAUUUAUGCACACGUGAGCAUCUAUCAAAAAUGUUUGGAUGCUAGCUUGUUUGAUGUUUGGGAUGACAAUGUUCUUUGGAGAAUAAUCUAGUAAUGCUUUUAAUCAUGCUGAAACCUGUGUGAUUAAUCUGCCAGCGACAGUGAAGACUGUAUUAUCUCACCGGAGUGGGUGGGGCUGCUGUAACACAUGUGCUGAUGAGGUUAUGCUCCCGGGGAGGGACUGGAAGCAACCAACACAGAGAGACAGAGGUGGAAAAUUUGUCCCGUGGCUUAAGGAAUGACAUUGAAAUCACAGUUGCCCUGAAUAUUAAUCUUCAAAUGGAACACCUUAAUAUGGGGGAGCAAUCUGGGCUGGGGGAGAACAGGUGGAAGGACAGAGGAAUGAGAUGGAUGUAGCCUGAGCUGGGGAACGAGAACAGACAGGCUGCCUGACUCAUGCCGAACGAGGGCAGGCAGACCACCUGACCCAUGCUGAACGAGGACAGAUAGGCUUCCUGACCUAUGGUGAAUGAGGACAGAUAGGCUUCCUGACCUAUGGUGAAUGAGGACAGAUAGGCUUCCUGACCUAUGGUGAAUGAGGACAGAUAGGCCGCCUGACCCAUGGCAAAUGAGGACAGACAGGCUACCUGACCCAUGCUGAACGAGGACAGACAGGCUCCCUGACCCAUGGCAAAUGAGGACAGACAGGCCGCCUGACCUAUGGUGCAUGAGGACAGAUAGGCUACCUGACCCCUGGUGAAUGAGGACAGACAGGCCGCCUGACCUAUGGUGCAUGAGGACAGAUAGGCUACCUGACCCCUGGUGAACGAGGGCAGACAGGCCGCCUGACCCAUGGCGAACGAGGGCAGACAGGCUGCCUGACUCAUUGUGAGCGAGGACAGGCACUUGCAUGGUUUCCUAUCCUUGGGGUGUGAGACAGCGCAGAGAGGAGAGUUACUAGGACCCAAUCCCUCUCAAUAUCACAGCAUGCCUGGUCAGCUGGGGGUGGGGCACAUCUACCGCAGGGGAAGGGUGUGAAUAAAACACUUCUGCAUGUCACUGAGAGUGGGGGUGGGGUGACAAGGCAUGUCAGCACCACCAGGAGGGACAUGGGGAUGAUGACGUCCCUGUCCUGCCAGUUAGCCUCCCAGCACGUGAUGAAGGACAAUUUUAUUCUUUAUACUUACUUUCCAGGGUGGCUGUGGCUGAGCCUGAGCUUCUUCCCUGCAUGUCUGUGUGCUGACAUGGUGUGGCGGUCAGACAGCUGAUGUGACCAGUCCCUGAUACUCCUCUACAGACUGAGUGUGUGUGUGGAUGUGUGUGUUUCCGUGACCUAUGAAGGACUGGGUGUGACAACCUUCUGUUCCGCUCUCCCCGAGACACCAUGACCCUGCUCAGCUGAGAGCUGCCUGGUUUUUGUCCCCGGCAAGGGCUGCAGACAUUCGAGGGGUUCAUGACAUGGCAGGAUGAGGCCCUCGCAGAGCGGCUUGGUGAAAGUGAGCGGUGCGGUGACAGUGAGCAGUACAGUGACAGUGAACUGUGCAGGGCUCAUGAAGCACUUGGAGGUUAAUUAUAGCAUAUUAUAGUGUGUCCAUCACCCUUCUGGGAGGCGAGAGUCACUCUGGGCCGUGCCUGCAGUUCCUGUGCUUUCUGGGGACACCUUUGGGACAGUACACCAUGCAGCGACAGGGCAAGCAGCCAGUAUGUCACCCUAUCUUCUGUGUUUUCUCAUUUAUGUUUUAACUUGUCAUGGGUCAUUUUCUCAGUCAGCAAACACUUAGAAAGCACUUAAUUAAAAUUUUAAAAAGAAUAAAACACCUUUGGGCGAGUAUAAAUUAGCCCUGUAAUUGUGAGUGUGGCUAUGUGAGUGUGUGCACCAUGCAGUGUCUUGACGCCUGCCCAGGGUUGGUUCCCUCCUGCGCCUUUUAUUUCCAGGAUAGGCUCCGCCCCCCCCCCCCCGACCCCAGUUGGGAUUAAGCAGUUACGGUGAUGGAUGGAUGGAUAAAACACCAUUGACUGUUAUGUCCCCCCUUUAGACCCACCCAACUAAAAAAAAGCAAAAAUAAAUAAUAACAAAAUGUUAAACUAGGUGGGUGGCAUGGUGGUGCAGUGGUUAGGGUGAGGGGGGCGGCAUGGUGGUGCAGUGGUUAGGGUGAGGGGGGCGGCAUGGUGGUGCAGUGGUUAGCACUGUCACAGUGCACCUCUGGGACCCGAGUUUGAGUCUCCGCCUGGGUCACAUGCGUGUGGAGUUUGCAUGUUCUCCCCAUGUCGUCGUGGGGUUUCCUCUGGCUGCUCCGGUUUCCCCCCACAGUCCAAAAAACAUGCUGAGGCUAAUUGGACUUGCUAAAUUGCCCAUAGAUGUGCAUGUGUGAGUGAAUGGUGUGUGAGUGUGCCCUGCGAUGGGCUGGCCCCCCAUCCUGGGUUGUUCUCUGCCUUGUGUCCAUUGAUUCCGGGAUAGGCUCCGGACCCCCCGCGACCCAGUAGGAUAAGCAGUUUGAAAAAUGGACGGAUGGAUGUUAAACUAGGUAAAUAUCAAAUUAUAUACAAAAUAACAUUUAUAAACAGGGAUGCACAUAACUGGUAUGCAAUUACGCAUUCACUUUUAAGAACGAUACUUAAGAACGAAAUGCGUACUUAUUUUAUGUGCAUUUGUGCUGCUAUGAAAGAAUAUAAUGUAUUUUAAUCUUUUUAUGCUGACACAACUUCAUUUGCAGUAUACGGGUUAAAAUGUGAGGUAUAUUCUUGUCAUAGCAGCACAAAUUCAAAAUAAUGUCUGUAUUCCCCGAUGGCAGUGGCUUAUUUCAGCAGGAAAAUGUACCCUGCCAGGAAAUUAUUCAGGAAUGGUUUGAGGAACAUGAACACGAGUUCAAGGUGUUGACUUGGCCUCCAAAUUCCCCAGAUCUCAAUCCAGUCGAGCAUCAGUGGGAUGUGCUGGACAAACACGUCCGAUCCAUGGAGGCCCCACCUCGUGACACACAGGACUUAAAGGAUCUGCGUUAACGUCUUGGUGCCAGAUACCAAUGGACACCUUCAGAGGUCUUGUGGAGUCCGUGCCUCGACGGGUUAGAGUCCUUUUGGCAGCAUGAGGGGGGCCCACACAAUAUUAGGCAGAUGGAUCUAAUGCUGUGGCUGGCUGGUGUAUGUUUCUCUGAAAGUUGGAGAGUGUUUUUUAUUAGCUAGGACUCUUAGCGGCAGACUGAUGACAAUGCGUGACACGUGCAGCACGAGUGAAAAGCCCUGCGGAGUAUAAUCAGAUCGACGUUCUAGGGGCGAGGGCUCUCCGCAGAGGCUGCUGCUGUAAUGCAGCCUUCGGCAGCAGGGUCCAGCUGCGGAGCCUGUGGUAACACAGCAGCCUGUGCUAACACAGCAGCCUGUGCUAACGCUCACUGUCGCCGCAGAGCGCCGCCUCUCCAUUGACUGACUCUGGCACAUUUGGGUUUUUUGCGUGGUGGGCAGAUCUACAGGGCAUGGGGGGGGAAGCGAAGGCGGGCUUUUAUUAGGACUUUUGACAUGAAAUAAGCUCAACAUACAAAAUAGCACGUUGGCUGCCUAAUUUAAAGGCGCCAAAUUAUAAAAAUCGGCAUCAUUACUAUAAUCCCAUUAGACUGUUCUGUGAUACAGCUACUUCACCACCCAAACUUUAUCACACAUCACUAUAUAUAAAGAUAUAUACACUGAUCCAUACAGAGGUUAAUUUGCACAUGCAGUACGGGUAUUUGGGUGCUGGCAGUGUUACUUUCCACAGGCAGGGUCCCUUACGAAGCGGCGUGCUGCGUUGGGGGCUGCCGGGGCUCCGCCCACUAGCAGGCCACCUUCAUGUGGAAGCCGAGCUGAUUCCCUGCACUCUAGGCUCACACGCAGCGGCAUCCGCAAUUCUGCAUCAUCUCGUCCCCGUUCCCCCCCCCUCCAUCCCUCGUUCCCUUCCAAAAUGGAGCGGAGGGACACUAUGGAGACCCAAGCCACUGGUUUUUGAGCAGGAACGGCACAUGGUCUGGAUUCCUCUGUCAACAUCACUUUAACCAUUUUCAUGCCUCUUCGGCCCGAGCCUCUCACACGUGUCUCCCUCACAGACCUAACAGCCGUGGGGCCAGAGGUAUCACCCCAGAGAGCCCAUGGAAUAUGUGUCAGGUAAAAUUCCAGCUCAUUCCCCAUUCCCGUCCAUCUUGCCUCGCUUGCAGGUGAACAUCCAGACUUCCUGUGUUUUUCCCAGAAUGGGAGUGAUGCUGGUUAUCUUGUGAAGAGCCGUCAGCCAUUUUCCUACUUCAGACUUUCCUUCAUUCCUCUUGGAUAAAGCUGCCUGUUGCUUGUUAUUGUAAACCAGACUGGGAAUGAUGGGAGUAGUGGUUUUCUUUCAGCAGGAGUUCUGAGCUGAUCUUUCUUUGAAUGAGGGAUCCGCAGGCUCGCCGUCAAUUUAACCUCCUCAAUUUCUGCCAUUGAAUCUGGUAUUCUGUUCAUCAGAACUGCUCCACUUAUAUUUUCACUCAGACUGAUUUAUUUAGCUUUAUUUAUACUUCUUUUAUUGAAGAAAUAUUUAGAUAUUGAUGAAAAUGUAAUUCAACGACCCCAAGAUAUUGUAUUUUAUUGCAUCGCAUUACAGUUUUGGAGUUAGGAGAGGUGGGAGCGAUUAUUCUAAAAAUUAAUAAUCCUAUUUACUCUGACUGAAAUGCCUUUCUGGAUGCUGACUGAAAUUCAUUUCUGCAUUUUGAACAGCUUGGCUUGUUCUCUGGACAAACAGUAUAAAGUUUAGAAUCACCUUCAAUACUGGGCACUGUGAUGCUCAAUUGGUCUAAUCGCAGGGAGAUACUGAAAUCGGCAUAAUGAAUGCAAUUUGACCACGUUGAUUUUAGAUUGAAAUGUGUGGCAGCGAGCUGGAUGGGCUUAAGGGCGCUCAGUGAAGAGGGGAGCAAUAAGGGAUCUGUGCAAGAGGGCGUGGCUCCAGCGGAUUAAGACGUCGGGGUUCAGCCUCGUCUCUCCUGUCAGUUCGGGGGUGUUCCUUCCAUAUCUUCUUCUUUGACACCUUCUCUUUACAAAACCGCACCGUGAUUCUGACUCAGUGUAGAAAUACGUCCUGCUGCUCCUUGAGGACCCGCUGAGAUCCAUCUGUUCUUCUGCAGGUCUCUCUUUCAUGUUGCUGUUGGGUAAGAAGCCUCUAUGAAUGCUUCUGAGUCUCAGAAAGAGUACCCUGCAGGUUCACAUUGCAUAAUUGUCCAAAUUCAGUCGCUUGAUCAUUUGACCCAGAAAUUUACCGUUUCAUACACUUAUUGAUGAAGGGUGAAAAUCCUGUUUUUAUGCAAGGGGUUUCUGUUUAUUUAUGUAACAGCAUUUAGUUGCUCUGACUUUUACUUUCCUUACCUGUGUUCCUUUACCAUAUUAAUCCAUGUGGUGUUUCACCUCUAUACCUCCCCUGCUGUCCUGGUUGCUACAGUCAGUCCCCCCGCCUCCAACUGCCUGACCUGGACUGCUCCCUCUACGUCCAGCACCUGGGUUCAAGUGACAGAAGCACUGGUGUCCAUACGAGUGACCACACUCCCAGAGUCCAUUCAGGAUCCACUGGCCUGCAGAAAAUACUCUGAACGGCUCAAUGAGUUUAUAAGGUGCUUACAGAAUUUAAAUGAAAUUAACUGUUAAUCUAGUAUUGGUAACACCAUUGUCAAUCAAAAAGAACAUUUUGUGCACAGCAAAAGAGAACAAUCUUUCAUAUUACUCAGGUGUAUGUUUGUGACUUGGCAAUGGACUUUUGGCUGUGAAGCGAGGAACUCUGACCAAACCAGGAUACCUUCAUGUAGGCAGAUCCCUGCUUGGUGGAACAUCAAACCAUUUUCCAUUUCCCAGAAAUGGCCCCAGGUAUUAACAGCCUGAUUCGCCGCAUUAACGUCGCCCCUCAGAGUUUAAACAAAGCGCUUCCAUCUUCUGAUGUACAUUAGCUCACUCAGCAUUGGCUGGGGAAAAUAUUAUAAAGCGCGGGCUUCAUUAUCCAGACCUCUGCUGGAUGGCUUUAACUCAUGCAGAUCAUUGAUGGAGCAUAAACGUAAACGCAUAAAGAUGGAGCCUUUUACGAGCCUCGUGUUAUAAAAUUUUCCCUAAAUUAUAACAGAUUAAAAACACAUGAACUCAAGCUUGGAUCAAGGUACCUGCAAAAUAAAGUCCACUAACAGAUGUAUUGACAGAAGACAUCUGUUGAGUUUUACUGCAGCACAGACAGGCACAGUGCAGACAAAGCGAGGGUUAAGAGAGAAAACCCCUGUGUGGACUACUGACAUUCUGACCUGUUGAUCUUAAUAUUCAUUAUCUGUUUGUCCUGUGAAAACCUCGAUUACCCCAGAGACACACUUCCACUGGACACGUAUUGCUCUUUGUAGAAGAAUAUAAUAUUUUAACUGUAAAAGCAAAAGCAUAAACCUGCAGAAGUUGAAAUUUACAUUCUGAUUCCUUCGUAUUUUGGACGUUGUCCAUUGUAUUUGCCUCUGAAACCUUUCAAUAUGGUGAAUGCACCCACACCAAAGAAUAUAUAUGACUGUGCUUCAGACCUAAAAUGCAUUUGUGACUCUCGAGGACGACUCCGCCGUGCCAGAUGAGGUGCUCAUGACGGUGUAGAAAGGCAUAGCCGUUCUCCUCGAACGCGGCGAAAGACCUCCAACCAUGGGGACGGCUCGCGUGAAGAGACGCUUCAGCGCGGCGGUGGAGAGCCCUCUGGAUGAGGAGGAGGUGCUGCACCUGGCCCAGAGUGCCGCCGAGAUGGCUGGGAUUGGGGGGGGUGCGGGCAGCGCUGGGACCUCUGCCCACGCGAGCCCCACCCGAAACGGCACCAUGGGUAGGAGCGGUGAGAAUAGUGUUGGGGGAGGUGUCUGCUUGGCAGUUGGGCUGGUGGGGUCAACAGGGAGUGUCCCCUCCUCCUCAGACCAAGGCUCUGCCUCAGCUUAUCCCUCCCCCCCCGGCGGCCGGCGGCGACCCCGAAGCCGUUUCGUGGGUAAGGACGGGCGCUGCCGUGUCGCCUUCAUCAACAUGAGUGAGAGGGGCCAGCGCUACCUCAGCGACCUCUUCACCACCUGCGUGGACGUCCGCUGGCGCUGGAUGCUGCUGCUCUUCACUCUCUCCUUCCUGCUGUCCUGGCUGCUCUUCGGUUUCAGUUUUUGGCUCAUCGCCUUCGCCCAUGGCGACCUGACGCCUCUGGCCCGGGGUAGCGAGGGCGGAGGCGAGACCAAGGCGCGGCCGCAAGAGGAGCCCUGCUUCCAGCAGGUGAAUGGCUUCGUGGCUGCCUUCCUCUUCUCCCUGGAGACUCAGACUUCCAUUGGCUAUGGCUCCCGUAGUGUAACGGAGGCCUGCCCUCUGGCGGUGCUGGCGGUCGUGUUGCAGUGCAUUGUGGGCUGCAUCAUCGACGCCUUCAUCAUUGGAGCGGUUAUGGCCAAGAUCGCCAAGCCCAAGAAGCGCAACGAAACGCUGGUGUUCUCAGAGAAGGCAGUGGUGGCCCUGCGUGACGGGAAGCUCUGCAUGAUGUGGCGGGUGGGAAACCUGAGGAAGAGCCACCUUGUGGAAGCCCACGUUCGUGCCCAGCUACUCAAGCCCAGAGUGACCCCGGAGGGGGAGUACCUGCCACUGGAUCACGUGGACAUCAACGUGGGCUUUGACACGGGCACGGACCGGAUCUUCCUGGUGUCGCCCAUCACCAUCGUGCACGAGAUCAAUGAGGAGAGCCCCUUUUUCGAGAUGGACAAGCAGACGCUGGAGAGCGACAGCGAACUGGAGGUGCUGGUCAUCCUGGAAGGUAUGGUGGAGGCCACCGCCAUGACCACUCAGUGCCGAAGCUCUUACCUGGCCUCCGAGAUCCUGUGGGGUUAUCGCUUCGAACCUGUGCUGUUUGAGAGGAAGAACUGUUAUGAGGUGGAUUACUCCCGUUUCCAUUGUGCAUAUGAGAUUCCCAGCACCCCCGUCUGCAGCGCCAAGAAUCUAGCAGAGAUGAAGUUCAUCCAGGGCUCCCGCACCUCCUUCUGUUAUGAGAAUGAAGUCGCGCUGCAGCUCUCGUCACCGGGUGUCCAGUCUCCCUCACCGGCAUCGCAAGGAGAAUCCCUCAUGCACACCCAUACACACUGAGGGGCGGGGGGUGGCCUGGAAUGUGGAGAUGCGGCCUAUAAGGGAGGAUAAGUACUGAGCAAGUUAAGGUGAGGAGGAUGAUGGAAUCAGAGGGUGAACAAACAAGCCAGUGAGCUUAUGGUGUGGAAUCAGAGGGUGAACAGACAAGCCAGUGAGCUUAUGGUGUGGAAUAAGAGGGUGAACAGACAAGCCAGUGAGCUUAUGGUGUGGAAUCAGAGGGUGAACAGACAAGCCAGUGAGCUUAUGGUGUGGAAUCAGAGGGUGAACAGACAAGCCAGUGAGCUUAUGGUGUGGAAUCAGAGGGUGAACAGACAAGCCAGUGAGCUUAUGGUGUGGAAUCAGAGGCAAGGGUGAAGGUUUGCUUUCAGCAUGAGCAGGGAUCAAAUCAGCCUUGAGCCCCCCCACCCCCACCCCCCUAAUCAUACACGGUACUCCCACAAAUGUAGUAAGGACAUAUUCCUUCUGUCCACACCCACAUCUACAUCACCGUAGACAGAGCAGUAUUAAAAAGCAAAGGUCAACCAGCAGAGAAUGAAUAGAGAAGGUAAACAAACUGGAAUUUUAGAGGCGAUGGAGGUAAGGAGCCAUGUGCUGGUUACAGUGUGUUGCUGCACCCAACAAACCACCUCAGGGAUGAAAAUCUGAGUGCAGCCAUACCGCAGCACCACACCAGGCCAAAUGGACCAGUAUUAGUCUUUUUUUGGAGUGUCAAUCCUACCACCAACCCCCAAGUUUUCCCCCUGUAAGUUGGAGGACCUCCUUAUAGGGCUUGAUGUAGAUUAAUGUCAUACCCAAGACAAAGCAAUAGCAGAUUAAGGGCUUUGCGUAAAGGCCCAACAGAGUAGAAUCACUCCAGGCAUUCAUGGGAUUUGAACCAGCAACCUUCCAGUUGCUGGCACAGAUCCCUAGACUCAGAGACUCCACUCCACUUUUUAGGAAACAUGAAAAAUGGCAGCCUAGAUGUAAGAGUUACAUGAGGCUGGUUUUUGUUUUUGACAGUUUAAACUUUGCUUGGAAAAGGGAUUGGACAAGAGGUGGGAGUGUGAGAAACAUCAUGAAAGCAAAAGAAGACAAAAAGAAGGCUUGUUUGCUGAAUGCUAGAUACAGGAACAUGGCAGAAAGACAGGAAAUGUCCUCAGAGAGCGGGAGCCUCAAAAAAGACAUUAUAGUGAGGUCACCUUCCAGGUACGGUAAAACAUGCAGUAGCAAUAGUGGUGAGAGUGAUAAUGAUGAAGAGAGCGAAUUGAGCUGCAGCGGUGACCCGGCUGGCUUAUUGGACUUGGCGAUCUUUUCGGAUUCGGCUGGGAAAUACAGUUUGAGUUUGAAACAGCAGCAACAACGCCCUCUUGUGGUUAAAACGUCAAUUUUUUGCCUUUUGGUAAGCAUAGAGACGGCAUUCCUCCAGAGUUAUAUGUCAGCAUGUGCACAUCAGAAGCAUGAAAAGACGUUCAUUAUCUUCAUUGUCAUUAAUGUAAUUUGUAAAAUUACAGGUCAACUUCCCAUUUCCAAGAUUACCAGUUAGGAGAUACCCAUUAGACUUCUAUUUAGGGUAAUAAACAUAAGCAAAGAUUAUAGCAAAAUUCAGAAGCGUUUGUAGCUGUUUUCUGUGAAAUGAAAUACUGAAAUAUUUUAUAUAUAGUUUGAAUUAAAAAUGCGCUUUAUAUUGUAUAAAUUUGCUAAAUACAGCUCCAGGUGAAAGUUAUGUAUGUUAAUAACACUUUACGUUUGCAUCUUAUCGCCAUGGUCUUGAGUGUACUUUCCCACCUUGAUCCUGAUUACCAUUACCUCUUCAUUAACUGCAUAUUUUUUAAAAUAUCCUAGGAAAAAUGCCUAUUUGUUCAUUUACCUACAUUUACCAGGUUUUUGUCAUAUAUUAUUCUGUAAACUUGUCCUGUGUAAUGCUGGAAAUAUACCCAGCCGUCUUCUCUGCCACUAUAAAUACCAGUAAAGAUGCGUGCUGACAUCACUGUUGUUGCCAUUGGGUACUUUUAUGUCCAUAACCAAUAGUCACCACGAUUAUUACACACAAGUUACAUUGGAAGUAGAAAAAGGCGUAGGUUUAUUUUGCAAUUGCUUCUUUCUCACCUUAUUAAUUACACUCAUUGAUAAAUGUAUACAGUAUAAAUGUAAAUCAUUUGUAUCUGUGAGAUAUGUGUCACAGGAAUAAAAUAAUGAAUUAUGAAUUGGAUGAAAAUCUGUAUAACAACCAAUGUGGUAGGCCUAUGUUCUGUGAUGUGUUGUUUCUUUUUAUAUAAAUUUACAGUCUAAUGUCUGAAUUACAUUAGUCAUUAAAAGCUUUUAUUUGUUUGGA